AUGCUUUUUCUGCCGGAAUCCCAUGGACGUUUUCCAGUCGGAGCGACUACCUUCAAGCUUCCCGUAUCCACGAAAGUGCUGGGCACUGCGAAGAUACACAGACAUGAUCACGGUGACGGCGGACCUUCAGUGAAACCUGCUUUACAACUCGAUGAAGUCAUAUUCACUGCCUAUCAUCCUGCGGACGUAAAGGGCAGCAAUAUUAAGAAAGGCCUGGACUGGCUUCUCCGGUCAGUAUCGGGUCCGCUGCAAGCAUCUCUACAUGGGUAUGCUCAUUAUUCAGGCAGGUAUUGGAUUUCCACCUGGUUUUUAUGGCCUAUCGUGUAUCUCUACGGUCGCCUAGUGAAAAUCCCAGUUUAUCCAAAUGCACCUCUUUUGAGGCAACGCACCACUGCGUCUCCAGAGCAUACUCAGGCUAGAUCUGGAACUCGUCCUUCAAGUUGGCCUCUGGUAAUAUUCUCACACGGUCUGGGCGGUAGCCGGACAGCCUACAGUCAGGUGUGCACUCGUCUUGCAUCUUCGGGACGAGUGGUUCUAGCCAUCCAGCAUCGUGAUGGCUCAGGUCACGCAUUCAUUUCAUUGACUACCGGACCCAGACUCUACGUCAGGGAGAAGGACUUGAUUUGGACUUCAAAUGAUGAAAAAACGAUGGUUGAUUUUCGACAGCAACAGCUGGCUUUUAGGCGACAUGAGAUAUACCUUGCAUUCCGUAGCUUUAAGCAAUUAAUUCAAGAUGGAUACCAAGGUUCAAGCCAUGGCUUACAGUCUAUCGACAAAAAACCCAUCGACUGGUCUUCAUGGUCAAGCGACGUCGAUACCAAGGCAGUUGAAUGCGACAAAGACGUCCUCCUUGCUGGACAUUCCUUUGGUGGUGCUACCAUUUUCACAAUCCUUUCUACGGAUCCUCCUGUCGACGUCUCUGCACCCAUUCCUGUCCAUAAAGCCUUGAUCUUGGAUCCUUGGCUAGAACCGAUCCCUUCCCCUGGCCCAUGCCCACCCCCUCAGGGACCAGGCGAUGCUUUGCCUCAGUUGCUUGUCAUAAACUCUGAGAAAUUCAGCCUAUGGAAGGAUCAUUUCGCACGACUGAUCGGCGUGGUGCAAGCCUGGGAGCCCGAGAGACGGAGAGUACUGACCAUCUUACGCUCACAGCAUGAAUCAUUCUCGGAUUUUGCUCUCCUUCCGCUUGUUUCUCGGAGAGCUGCACGCAUAGUAAUGGAUAGAAUUAUGGAAUUAUCAGAGGCAUUUAUAGAUGGUAGUAUAGACACGUUUGUGGACGAAACUGCGACUAGGAAGAUGGAAAUCCGUAUAGUUGGGAAAAAGCCAGACGGUUCACCACAACGACAGCUUGUGGGCGAGGUCGGGGAGCUCAUAGCUUACUGAAUCAGAUGCUUUACCAUAAGCGCCCAUAGAUAAUCAAAUUGACUAUCAGUUU